UGGUAGCUCCCGACCCACAAACCUAUUAUAUCUCUCUCCCUCUAUCCGUCUUCUUCGUCACUGGUCACCGUAGCAAGCACAGGACAAGUCCGUAUACGCCAUUGUCCCUAUCCCCACGAAAGAGGGUAUACAUUGCUGGGGUACUGUAUUCAGUCAUUUACGCCCCACAAAAGAGAAGGAGCAUUUUCCUCAGUCCGUGAGAGAGAGAUAAGGAAGCCAUCACCAUGAAUGCCCCAGAUCGAUACGAAAGAUUUGUUGUCCCUGAAGGCACCAAAAAGGUGUCAUAUGAGAGGGACACAAAGAUCAUAAACGCAGCAUCCUUCACAAUUGAGAGAGAGGACCACACCAUUGGAAACAUCCUCCGCAUGCAGUUGCACAGGGAUGAGAAUGUUCUAUUUGCCGGUUACAAGCUUCCUCACCCCCUUCAGUACAAGAUUAUUGUCAGGAUUCACACCACCAGCCAGUCUUCACCAAUGCAGGCAUAUAACCAGGCUAUUAAUGAUCUUGACAAGGAACUUGAUCAUUUAAAGAGUUGUUUUGAGGCUGAGGUGGCAAAGCAUUCAGUGGAGUACUAAUAGGCAUUCAAGGAAUUGUAAGGAGGCAUAUUUUGACAAGAGAUGUCAGAUAAUUGUUGUUUGUUGGUAUGCAAAUUGGUACUGAUAUCGAUUAUUGCCUUUUGUAAACAUGCUAUCAAAGUACUUGUGUGAAUUUUAAUGAUGUGAUGUCUCCUGAAGUUCAUGGAUAGUUAUGAAACGAGAAAAGGUUAAAAGGUGAAA